GAAGAGGCGGGGCUGAGGCGCGGCGCGGCGGGCGCGCGGAGCUCUGUGGGGUGGGCGGCACUUCCGGCGGGGCCGCGCCGGGACCGGGAGCGGGACAGGAACGGGAAGAUGCGGGUGCGCGUGAGGAGCUGGCACGGAGUCGCGUCCUGGCUGUGGGUGGCGAACGAUGAGAACUGCGGCAUCUGCCGGAUGGCCUUCAACGGCUGCUGCCCCGACUGUAAAGUUCCCGGCGACGACUGCCCGUUGGUGUGGGGGCAGUGCUCGCACUGCUUCCACAUGCACUGCAUCCUCAAGUGGCUGAACUCGCAGCAGGUGCAGCAGCACUGCCCCAUGUGCCGCCAGGAGUGGAAGUUCCGCGAGUGAGGGCGGCGCCGGGCACGGGCACGGGCCGUGGCCCAGCCCGGGCCCGCUCAAUAAACGUGCGGACGCCA